AUGGGCCGAGUGAGCCUGGCGGCGGAGAGAGCGGCGCGCGGAGCUGAGCGCCCAGGGCUGCGCUUCUCUGGCCGGCGGGGCGGCGCCGUGGGCGGGACGCCUCGGGCUCCUCGACGCCGCCGGCGGCCCAGCUCCGCCCCGGGCCUCCCCGCCCAGCGCCCCGGUAGUGCGCCCCGGGCGCAGCGCCCACCCGGCCGGUCGCAGCCGGCACGCUGCCCUCGCGGCUGCUCGCCGCGCUCUGCCUGGCCGAGCGGCUCGGGGCCGCCUGCGGCUGCCAGCUGCCUUCGAGUGGAGACCCCUGGACGAGGGCUGCGGCGCCCAGCUGACCGAGAGCAUCUCGUACGCCAAGGUGCUGGCGCUGCACCAGGAGGUGCACGGCCUAUACAGCUCCUGCCCCGGCAGUACGAGGCCGGCAAGGCGGGGCGCCUCUACCGGGCCGAGGUCAAGCUGCUGUGGACCAGGCGUGGGGCAGCGUGCCCGAGGUGCCCGUGGGCUCCAGGCUCCACCUCAGCGGCCUGGGCUACUUCUCCUGUCACUCCCACACCGUGGUCUAGGAUUACUCCUGUUUCUUCUUCCUCAGGAUGGAUGAAAAUUAUAACCUCUUGCCUCAUGGAGUCAAUUUCCAACAUGCCAUCUUUCCAGACACUCAAGAGAAGAGAAGGAUGUUUUCCCAGUGGCAGCAAUGGUGACUUUUUCCAGUGACCGGGAGAUCCAAGAAGACAAUUGACAGUUCUGGGUGUACUCUGAUGCUUUCGCAAAAAUGUUCCUAUAAAAGGGUUUCAUCUUCAAGGAAUUCAUGGAAAAGACUCAGACAAGUACAGGUUUCUGGUAACUGACUAUACUGCUGAACUGAAUGAAUAAGCAUUUUCAGAACUAAUGGAAAAGUGAUGAAUUCAUAAAAGUGCUAACAAAAGGUCAAGAUGAAAAAAAUUAAUUACAUGGGACUGAGUGAACUGAUGAGGAUGAUUUAUAAUUUUUGUGACUUUCUGUUUGAAUUAAAAAAAAAAAUCCCACAAGGACUCAGAGGCAAAAAUAUAUACAAAUCAAUUUUCACUGCAAAGUAAAGGAGCUGUUACCGUGGAGGAUUCCUGGACUGAAUGUCACUAUUAUGACAUAGUGUGAGUGUGUUUCGUGUUUGGUCAUUGCAAUCAUGGUUGCUUUUGUUGUGGUCAUCCGUUUACGAUGCUUGGUGUCAGUCUAUUUAUCUCUUGUAAAAAUAAAAUACAGUGUGUAUGUGAGUUGUGGAAAGAAAAAAGAUUGUAUAUGCCUAAAUUACAUGUUUUAGACCCUUCAAAGAAAGGAUGAAUUAAUAUUUGCUUUUUUUUUCCCUGGUAAAAACUAUUCAUUGAGCGAACAUCUAAAAAAAUAAUUUCAAUAUUACCAUAAAUUUGAAGUGGAAAAUGUUUUUCUAUAAAGGAGUUUGUAUAAAUUACUUAAAAAGUAAACUGGAGCUCAACUAAAGAGUAUUGUAGGAGGGAAAGUGGUCUCUUCAUGAACAGAAACUAAAUGUUUUCAUAAAGUGGUGCAGUUAUUGUGACAGCACAAAUUGUAUUAAUAACUAGUUGGGAACUGAAAUAAAAUGUUACUAAGUUUCAAAAAAAAAAAACUAUCAAAGC